AGAGCAAUUUGGGGUGGCAGAAUUAUUCAUCACUGCACAACAAAUCGUUAAACGUUUUACAUAAACUGCUUAAAGUGUACCAAAAAUGUUUCGUUCGGCCUCCAGCGCGACGCUCGUGUCCCGUUAUUUCAUUUCUAUCAACCACCCCCGGAUAGCACCACUUACAAUCCCACUCGCAAAACUGACGAACCACGCUCCGAUCUCUUUCCAAAGUACCACAACGGAAUGGCACAAGGAUAACCGCAACCGGCGCGAGGAAUAUCAACAGCAGCGAAAGUGGAAGACCAAGGGACCGGUGCGUUUUCUGGUCGCUAGUUCCUUUCUGUCGUGGUUCAGCAAGAAAAACGACGAUGAAGACACACCCGAAAGCCAACUGAUAACCAUCAUCAAGCGGUCGAUACUGUCGAUACAGAAGGAGGAAUACCAGAAGGCCGAACAGAUGCUACACCUCGCACUCAAAAUGGCCCAAGACCUGCAGAGCAAGGACGGCAUCACGUACAUCUACGACAUUAUGGCCAACCUAGCGAUGGAAGUGGGCGACUUUGCGAAAGCGGAGAAACUGUUCGUCAACGUCAUGCAACGGUUGUUUUCGGACGGGUUUGUCGAGGACCACAUCAAAAUGCUUCAUAUAAGUUCGAAAGUUGCCCACCUUGCGCAACUGCAGGGCCAUCUCGAUAAGGCCGCCCAAGGGUUUGAAUGGACGCUGGCGAAGCUGGAAGAAAAGCUGAAACAGCUCGGAGACGACAACUCGAAGGAAAUCCGCGAACUGUGGGGCAUUACGAAGAACUGGUACGCGCAGCUGCUGAUGGAAAAUAAACGGUUUGCCGAGGCUAAACAAGCGUUCCUGCAGGCGUACGAGGCGUACACCGAAAUCCACGGAUUGCUCACCGAGGAAGGACUUACGAUACUGAACAAUCUUAGCGUUGCUUGCUCAAACCUUGAAGACUACGCGUCGGCUGAACGGUUCCUUAAAGAAGCGAUUGCGCUUGCCGCCCAAAUUCCCGAUCUCUCCGAGGCCGGCGUUUACAAGGCGAAUCUGGGUCUGCUCUACCUGCAGCAGGGCUUACUCCGGCAAGCGUCCGAGUUUUGUACGUUCGCCUGGCGCUACGGAAAGCAGCACAAACAUGAAGAAACUGUGAUACAGGCAAGCUACUGUCUGGAGCAAAUUAAAGCGAUGCAAAAGUAAUGCGAAAAGGAAUCCAUUUUUCCGGACAGUUGAAUGAACCACCAAUUCAGUAGUUAAACCUAUUUUCGAUUAUGUUUUGCACACCUCACAAGAAACCUAUUAUGUUGCACUGGAGAGUUUAAUAAAUGUUGUACAAACUAGUCAAACCACAUCCAAACAAGCUUCAGAGUACU